AUGGUCCAAGGCAAAUUCAAAAAGGCUAAGCUUCCAGCCAGUAUCCAGAAGAAACAGAAACAAAAGAACAGUGCCGCUUUUACAAGGAGAUCAAAUGCCCCUAUUCAGGCCAAGAAAUCCAAAUUCAAUGAACAUCAAAAAAUUAAGCAGGCUAUUUCGAAAACCCUUAACAAAUCCGUAGAAGAGGAGAUGCGUUCACGUGCCGCCGAGGGACAACUAAAAUUGAGUAAAGCCCAGGAAGCUGUUGCCAAACACAAUAAAACCGUAGAGCCAUCAACAUAA